AUGGAUGAUAUCACCUCAAUGGAUGGCGAGUCGCCACCCUUAGUAACCUCCAUAACCUCAAUUCUCGGUAUCAAAAGCCAGACACUGAGAUUCCGUCCUCACAAGUCGACACAAAAGCCCCAUGUUAUCCUGCGACGCGUCCAAGUAUCUCAAAAUUCGGGCAGUGAUACUUCCUUGGGGUCCUCCGUGUACUUCAGCUUGUUUGCACAGAAACGUAUCGAAGUGAAGCCCGGCAAAGAAAUCCUUCUCGCUGUUGCCUCUCCAGACGAGCGUUUCAAAGAUCAAGCUAUGGUUCUUGAAGGCGAUAUCGAAGAAUCUGAAUCUGAAUCUGGAGAGGACUCUGAAAGGGAGGAAUCGGUUCCGCCACUCCAAGUUUCCAUGCCUCCGAAAAUGCGUCGAGCGUGGAAUAGGAAUUUAGAAGACGCUUCUCCAACAACAGACGCCGGUAGCGCCACACGUGUGUCUGUUGGUGUGCAGGCUGCGCCCUCUGUUUCCACAGCGUCAGUUCAAUCGCAGCCCCAAGUUUCAUGCUCAUCUCCGUCAUCUACGCACGUUUCUAGCGAUAUGCAGACCUCAGUCACGCACGCGACUACUGAGGUGCCGACGAAAAUACAGUCAUCGCUGAACACCGGCUCGGUGUCAAAGGAUGCUCACGAACGCUCUUUGUCUCCAAUGGAGUUGGAUUCUCAAUGCAACAGCACUCCCGAUUCACCGGUAUUUUCCCCAACAGGUGUACCUGCCAUGAUUGCUGUGCUAGAGAGUGGUACGAAUACCCCGACCUCCAUCUCAUCUAGUCUUGAUGUUGCCGACAUGCAAAUUUCGCCAACCGAAUCCCCUGCUAGUCCUUUGACACCGCUGCCUUCAUAUAUGAUGUUACCAAGUCCUGGAAAACAAGAGGACUCUGACUCUAUGGAUUUCAUCAAAGCUGAAUCUCUUCUGAAUUGUCGGUUGCCGGAUCCCAUCUGCGAUGCCGAAAAGUCUAGCAGUUCCGAUGAUGCGUCUGUUGAUCUCUCUGAAGUUCCACGGACAUCGUCUGGUGGUCUUUCCGCGGAAGGCUUAGUGCACAAAAGGCCUCAAAACACUUCUGCUGGUGUCGAGAAAUCAAAGCCUUUGAAGCUUGCCAUUCAAAACCCCUUUGUGUCGGCGGGUUUUGUUUCCGAUUUUAUUGGUAGUGAAAGGAAGGAAACUCCGGUGGACGUGGCUGUCUCCUCUACAGAGCCAUCAACAAGUCGAGAGCCUGCCCAAACCUCGACGCCCGCAGGCGUGAUAGCUGGUGAAAGUGAAGAGAAAGGAUCGCAUGUGCCGAAUGACUCCUCGCCUAGUAAAAUGCGCCCACCAUCCAGACCCAUUCCCACUGAGCCUCGAGCAGCUAGGAAAAAACCGCCCACGGUACCAAGGUCCAUGCUAGUUCUGAGCACCACUACUCCCAUAUCUGAGAAUACUUCCGCAGCAACGAGUUCUCCUCCGCCGGAUGCAAAAUCUCUGGCCUACGUAGCACCUGGCAUGGCUUCCAACCCAUUGGGAAUACGGCCUUGUAGUCUGCCAACGCCUCGUCAAACACCCGUGUCUUCUAACCCCACAAAGAAGCGUGUCGUUUUGGGAUCUGGUUGGCCGUUAACCAAGGCUACGUCGAUUAUCGUUGACAACACUUCAAAGCCGACUCCUCCAGCUACUAAAAGGUCAGGGCUCUUGGAUAUCGAAGGAUACUCUUCCCCGUCACCUCCGUCGUCUCCACCUCCACCGCCGCCCCCAGGAAUCCCCCCUCCCGUAGUCUCUGCAUCCGGACCUGAGCAAUCGCCUCCGACACCAUUCAAUCAAAUGAAAGGUGUUGAUAUGCCUCAGUUAAACUCCAUGGGCAGCAAAUGGAAACGUAUCUGCGUUCAAUUACCUGUUCAGGCUGAAGUGCCGGCAAUUUCGGCUGUGCUGAAAGAAAAGAGACCGCCAACGGUUUCCGAAGUACCCGCUGAGAACAAACCUGACGGGAAUUCUUUGCUUUCACGGUUAUCGUCUUCUGUGGAAAAGACUGUCAGAAAGUCGACGACGCCUCUUGAGAUACCCACCAAGACUACUCGUCAGACUGACGAAGCGCCGUCUAUCCCACGGAUGAAGCGGAAGGCGUCUGAGGGUUUGGACCAUUUCAAUAACAGUUUUUUCUGGCUGAUACCUGGCAACGACAGAUGCAUCACCCACUACACCGACGAAAAGAAACUCUUCUCACAGUAUGUCGAGACGAGUUCCAUAUUAUGGACUGUUGAUAACAUUCCUUCAGCCACACCUAUCCCAGUUCAAUUGCCUGUCAACCACCCCCUGCCACCGAAACCUGUACAAUCUCAAAACUCUGGUCCUUCUCGAGGUGUUAAGCGUGAACGAGCUCCGUCUCCCAAGAUUUUUGAUUGUGAGCGCUCCAAAAAGCCGCGUCAAAAGUUCAGGUGGCCUACCAUUGAAUGCUUACACUCCGUCGCGCUCAAAGACAAAAGCGACACCGCCAUCAAGACAAUAGCGAUAUCUUCGGAUGGAAUGUAUGCUGCAGUGACCUGUAAUCGAACCACACGUAUGUGGAAUGUCCAAACGCGUGCUGAACUGGCGCAGCUGUCCCACGGGGCUUCAGUCGUCUCGGUUGUUUGGAUGGAAGGUGAUUCUGGAAUCAUAACACUUCAAGAAGACGGCGUUGGAUCAAACCAAUGGCAUUGGACCAAGAUUGUCAAUGCUGGUAAAGACAAGGACACAGAGGAGGAUUCAAUGUGCUUAGCUUAUGGACGAGACCGUGUCGCUGUCUCCUUGCCACGUUCUGGUGUCAAAAUCUGGAUAUGGAGUAAAGGUACAUGGCAGCCUCAACGAGCCAUUCUUAGGCAAAAUGUCUCGGCCAUUAAAUUUGUGCAUGACGGGUCCGCUCUUCUUGGUGGAACGAGAGACGGUGUUUUGUGGCAUAGCGAAGUGCCCAAUGGAACAUUACGGGUGUAUGCAUUCAUGAAGACUAAGAUUGUGGAUAUAGACCUCAAUGCGGGUGGUACUUGUGCGCUGGUCGCUCAAACGGGAGGAGUCGCUCGUUUGGUGGAUAUUCAAGCUGAUAGACGAGGUCAAGUGACGGCUGUCUAUAGUAAUACAGAGACUGAGACUCGACCGUCCGGUGAUUUCGGAGCUGUGUUCGUUGCUAAUGGUCAGGGUGUGCUCCACGGCAGUUCUGGAGGAUGUGUUCUCAUAUGGGACACAAAAAAAGGAAGUCUGGUGUAUGGGCUGGAGCAUGAGGAAGAUGAUAUCAUUCAAGCAGCGGCGGGAUUUGAUGGAUCACCUGCAAAGGAUGGUUGUAUCAUUACUGGAACUAAACAGGGACAUUUGUCUUGGUGGUCGCAGCCGUCGCAAUCAGAGUCUAUGGAUGCUGAUAAGUGCGGAACAGAUAAGCGUACGAAAACGGCAUAA